AUGUAUAAGCUCUAUUACUUCGCGGGUCGUGGUCGUGGUGAGGCUGUACGCUUUGCCUUGGCUUUAGCUGGGGUGGAGUACGAAAAUAUCUUCAUACGCACGCGGAAGGAUAUGUUAGAGCUGAUACCCAAAUUAAAGUACUGUCAGGUUCCGAUGUUGGAGACCCCCGAUGGGAAACGUCUGGUGCAGACCGGUGCCAUUCUCCGUUACAUCGCUCGUAAAUUCGAUCUGUAUGGUGGAGCGGAGGGGAAAGAGGAGAGAGUCGAUGAGAUCAUUGAGGCCUCGGCUGAUGCCCUUGGCUCGGGGGUAAGCAACAAGUGA